AUGGCGGGUGACCAACAACGGACGGUUCCGGCCAGGAAAGCCCAGAAGGCCCUGCGCCCUUACCCACAAUUCUCCGCGGUGGCAGCGAGUCCUCAGGUGCUUCCCCACCCCCACUUCCGGCCUCGCGCCAGCAAAGCGGAAGCCAUUGUCUCCCGCAGGGCCGCCAUGCUGCUCGUACCUUCUGGGCCCAUUACUUUGGCCAGGCCCUGGCAUGGCCUCCUCGGCAACUGGAGCUUGGAGGGAUACCACCCGAAGGGCUUCGACCUCGCGCUCUUGAUUUUCUUCUUUCUGGGGGUCCUGGGCGUGGGGCUGUGGAAACUGAUGUCAAGCAAUCGUUCGACGGUCCAAGACUUCUUCCUGGCCGGCCGGAAUCUGUCAUGGUGGCUGAUUGGUGCUUCUCUUUAUGCUACGAAUGUUAGCAGCAACUACAUUUUGGGCCUGGCUGGGGUGGGAGCAUCGUCAGGGAUUGCUGUUGUGGCCUUUGAGUGGAAUGCUGUACUUCUGCUGUUUGUUCUCAGCUGGGUAUUUGCUCCCAUUUACGUUAAGGCUGGGGUAGUGACGGUGUCAGAAUAUUUGAAGAAGAGGUUCGGUGGCUGCAGGAUCCACAUUUUCUUCUCGAUUCUAACUCUAUGCCUCUAUGUUUUCAAUAGGAUAUCAGUGAAUAUCGUUUCUUGUGCUUUGUUCAUGAGACUGAUUAUGGGGUUGGAUGUCUACUUCGCUAUUCUCAUCUUGCUGACAGUCUCUGGCAUUUAUACCAUCACAGGUGGUUUCAUAACUAUGAUUUACACCAAUACCUUACACGGGCUUGUUAUGUUUUGGGGAUCCAUCCUGUUAAUGAUCUUUGCCUUUAAGGAUGUGGGAGGAUACCAGGGCCUCCGGAGGAGCUACCCCAACGCCAUCCCAAGCAUCAUCAGCGAGGGGAACUGGACGGCCAGGCCCGAGUGCUACACCCCGCGCCCAGACUCCUUCCACAUCUUCCGACACGCCAUCCACGGAGACCUUCCCUGGCCAGGAAUUGUGUUUGGCCUCUCCACCCUGACCCUGUACUCCUGUUGCAUUGAUCAGGUGGUGGUCCAGCAGUGCCUGGCAGGGAAGAGCUUGAAUCACGUGAGGGCCAGCUGCAUCCUGUGCGGGUACCUGAAGCUGCUGGCCAUGUUCACUAUCGUCAUGCUUGGGAUGAUCAGCCGUGUCCUGUUCACUGAUAAAGUGGCUUGUGUUGUGCCUUCAGAGUGCCUGAGGCACUGCGGCACCAGCACUGGCUGUAGCUUCAUAGCCUACCCAAUACUGAUGGUAAAGCUGUUACCCUCCUGUAAGUUUUUCACGAUUUUAUUACUUGCUGUCAGCCUCGUCUGGGUCCCUGCUGAGGUCAAGACUCAGGACAGCCUGCUAGUGGAUUACAUGCAGUCACUGACCAUCUACCUGGCACCGCCCAUCGCUGCCGUCUUCCUGCUGGCCAUCUUUUGCAAGAGAGUCAAUGAGAAGGGUGCCUUCUGGGGGAUGGUCAGCGGACUCCUGAUUGGCAUCUCUCGCUUGGCGGCCGACUUUGUCUAUGGCCCCCAGAACUGCAACAAGGACACCAACUGCCCGGCGGUCCUCUGCAGCGUCCACUUCCUCUACUUUGACCUCAUCCUCUUCACCCUGAGCCUGCUCAUCACCCUGGGGGUCUCCUUGCUGACAGACCCCAUUCCCGACAAACACCUCCACGGGCUCUGCUGGAGUUUACGGAACAGCCCAGAGGAGAGGGUGGACCUGGACAUUUGGACUCAGAAGAAGUGCGCCCCCAAAUGCAGACCACUGCUAGGCAUGAGCAGGGAGAAGUCUGGCUGCCUCUGGAAGGUCUGGGAACUGUUCUGUGGGCUGGAGCCAAGGCUUAGCUCCAAGCUAGCCCCCAUGGAGCCCACCCCCAAGGAGCUGAGCCCCGGGGAGCUGAGUCCCGGGUUGAUGAUCCCCGGGGAGCUGAUCCCCAGGGACCUGAUCCUCGAGGAGCUGGUCACCAAGAAGGUCGAACGAAGAGAACUGCUGGAGACCCCUUGGGGGAGGAAGCUGCUCCAGGCCAGCGAGAUCCUGCUGAUGGUACUUCUGGUCCUGGGCCACAUCAUCUUCUUCUGA